CCGGGCUCGCGGCGACGGGUCGCUGGGAGCCGGCGGGCGGCCUAGACGGCGGAGCCCGGCCGCGACGCCGCCAUGGAGCCCGGGAAGAGGAGAACCAAAGAUGAUACCUGGAAAGCGGAUGCCCUCAGGAAGCACCUUCGGGUAAGAAUCUGGUGCCGGGGAAGUCCCAGGGACGACAAGAAACACAGAGAGAAGAAGCAAUACAGGGAUUCAGAUCCUGAUGUCCUGGAGCUCUAUGACACGCCCCACGACCCAGAGUCAAGGGGCAGGACGGUCCAGAGAGAUGGCCAUGUGUCCUGGGAGAAAGCUGGCAGUGGCGAGCAAGACAGAGACAGAGACCGAAAGAAGUCCCGCGAGAGGAAGAAGGAGGCACGUGAGCGGGACCGGGAGAAGCGGAAGGAGAGGAGGGAGUUGGAGGCAGCUAGAGGUCGCAGCCGUGAUUGGGAGCACCAUGGCAGGAAGGAGGAGCUGCUACGGCAGGCCGUGCACCACAGCCUGGGCUGGCAGAUGCCGGAGCACACCGAGUACAAAGGCCGCUCUGGGAGUAAAGUAAGAAGUGAAGAAGAGAGGCGAGAUGGAGACUCUGAAAGAGGGGAGGAGGAGCGAGAGAGACGAUACCGAGAGCGGAAGCUGCAGUAUGGUGACAGCAAAGACAACCCCCUCAAGUACUGGCUUUACAAAGAGGAAGGUGAACGGAGACACCGGAGGCACAGAGACCAUGACCGAGAGAGGCGAUCCCAGGAGAAGAGCAGCACCAGAGAGAAGCGGGAGAAGCUCCCUAAGGACAAGAGGACCUCCUUCUCAGAUAAGGAGGGAGAAGAGAGGCACAGGCAGGACAGGCGGCACAAGGAAGACCCCCACAUGAUUGGAGAUAGGCACCGUCGCAGUGGGGAACGGAAGGAGCGGCUGCCCAAGGACGAGCACAGGAAGAGGGAGGCCAAGAAUGGGGAGCACAGGAACCGAGGUGCGAGGCAGGAUGGCAGCAGCAGCCGGCACAUGGAGGAUCUAGGAAGGAGCAGUGGGAAAGACAAAGACAAGAGAAAGCACAGCCAAGAAGAGGCCUCCUUGGUGUGGAAGACAGCUCAGAGGCCAGGCAGAGAAGAGAUUGUGGAAAUUGAAAAGGAAGAUUCUGAUCUAGAAAAUGCUAGAGCUGAUGAAUGUACACCAAGCUUUGAGGAUGAUUUUGAAGACUAUGAAGAUGACUUUGAGAUUUGUGAUGGAGACGAUGAUGGCAGCACCAAUGAAAUGGAGCCAAAAGAAAAAGGCGAAGAGCUUUCCCCUGCCAAACAAAAGGAGAUCCAGGAGAUCCAGAAAGCCAUCAGUGCAGAGAAUGAGCGCAUUGGCGAGCUGUCCUUGAAGCUGCUCAGGAAGCAGGGCCAUGGGGACUCUGAGCAAGAGUCGGGAGCAGAUGCCAGCACUUCUCCCUCCAGAGCCUCUGGCGCUGGGAUUUUCAUGGAUUUUGCAACAGCUUCUUACCGUCAAAAGACUCGCUCUCAGGCUCUGAAGCAAAAGACUCGUAGUGCAAAGCUGUUCCGACUGAUCGACUUAGACUUUUCAUUUACAUUCUCAGUCAUGGAUCUGCCACCAGUCAAUGAAUACGAAAUGUAUAUCAGAAACUUUGGGAAGAAAAACACCAAGCAGGCUUAUGUUCAGUGUGAUGAAGACAGUGUGGAAAGGGACAGUCAGACCGAGGAGAUUGAGAGCCGAGAAGUGUGGACCCAGCAUCCUGCUGAGGGCACCGCUGUGUGUGGUGGUAGCGAGAUUCGAGAUCCAGCUGAUGUCUCAGUGGUGAUGAAGAUUGACACGCCAAGGCUGACAGCCUUUCUGCGGGCAGCUUGUCAGGUGAUUUCUGUUUUGCUGGAAGAAGACCGGGUGGCCCGAGAACCCAGCUGGAAUCAGGGGGCGCAGGACUGCACCCUGAAUCUCUGCGAUGGUGCCUUUGUUUUGAACACCAACCUGCCAUUCCUCCAAGAUCGGCAGGUGUCUUGCCUACAUGCCUCUCCAGUUCAGAGGCAGAUGGUAGUAUCUGUGCACAGCCUCCCUACAAGCAACUCAGGCCACAUACUGGACAGCAAGCACAUCCUCUGUGUAUGGGAUCUCUGGCAGCCCUCGGGGCCCCAGAAGGUCCUGGUAUGUGAGUCACAGGUCACCUGCUGCUGCUUCAGCCCCCUUAGCCCAUUCCUAUUGUUCGCGGGCACUGCGCAUGGCUCGGUGGUGCUGUGGGACCUCAGGGAAGACUCAAGACUUCACCACCACCUGAAGCUGGGCGGUAGCAACUGGACCUUUCGGAUGUCUACCUUCUCCACAGAUGGCACCCUCACAUCUGUAAACCACCAGAGCCCGCUCCAAGCCAUAGAGCCCAUCUCCACAGCCAUGUACAGGAAGCAGAGUUCCGUGCUCUCUCCCUUUUCUGCUCAGGAAGAGAUGUCAGGCUUGUCCUUCCAUAUUGCAUCCUUGGACCAGAAUGGUAUUCUCAAUGUGUGGGUGGUUGUCGAAUUACCGAAGACAGAUAUUGCAGGUUCAAUAAGUGAUUUAGGGUUAAUUCCUGGAGGAAGAGUGAAGCUGGUGCACAGUGCUGUGAUUCGGCUGUCGAGGAGCCUUUCACAGAGAGGCCAGGAGUGCUGGGGCCCAAUGCAGACACUGAGUGUGAAGUUCCUGCCUGCAGACCCUAAUCACUUUAUUGUGGGCACCGACAUGGGUCUCGUCAGCCAUGGCACGAGGCAAGACCUGAGAGUCUCCCCCAGAAUGUUCAAACCCCAGCAGCAGAGUGCGAGAGCCGCCAGGGUCAGCGUGCUUGCCUUCUCACCAUUUGGAGAGCCUGUGUUCCUGGCUGGCUGUUCCGACGGCAGCAUCCGGCUACACCAGCUGAUGUCUGAACUCCCCUUGCUGCAGUGGGACCACAGCACUGAAGGCCACGCCAUCGUUGGCCUGCACUGGUCCCUCACCAGGCCGGCCAUGUUUCUGGUUCAGGAUGACACUUCCUCUCUCUAUAUCUGGGACCUCCUAAAAAGUGAUUUGGGGCCUGUGGCCAAACAGCCCAUCUACCCAGACAAGCUGGUGGCCAUGACCCUCAUGGGGGAGUCAGAACGACCUGGAGGUGCUUUCCUGGCUCUGGUGUUGGCUAGAGCCUCGGGCAGUGUGGACAUUCAGUACUUGAAGAGGGAAUGGGCCGUACCGAUGCCCAGCGAGCAUGAGAAGCUGCGUCUGCUCUUGCAAGAAGUCCCGUGCAGGGGGGAUGGGUGGCGGCGGGCAUGAGGUCACCCCGCAGAUGUGCUUCUGCAUGAAGACUUGGGCCAGGCUUGCACCGCUUGCUUCAGGUCUGUACAAACUGUACAUAACUCGGUCUUGGAAAGACAUUCUGGCUCCCGCUUAAUAAAUCAUUAUUUUUUAAUAGAAA